CUUGUGAAUUCAUUCGUAAUGUGUUAUACUGCAUUCUUAAGAGAUUAUAAUCACAUUUCAUAUUAUGUUCAUACAUAAUGAUAACAAUAUGUAUAAUAAUUUAUAAAUCCAUUAUAGCAUGUUAGGAAAGUUUGUAGGAUCGUGCAUGUGACCCUCGUACAAAGGAGGUGGUGCUAAAAUGUUUUGGCUAAAAUGUUUUUGACCGAGAAAAGUCACACACUUGCUUAGUGACAGGUUACAGGACCUGAAGAAACAGAAUGUCUCGGCCGAGUGCAAAAAGAAAACGCUGAUUCACCCAUGGAGUACAAGAUGGACCACAAGAGGCGAGGCAAUGCACUAAUCUUCAACCAGAAAAACUUUCAAACAAAUUCAAGUACACGUCAUGGCACAGAUAAAGACAGAGACAACCUCAAAAGAAGUUUUCAGGACUUAGGAUUUAAUGUAAAAGUUUACAAUGACAAACGUAAGAAGAACGUGCUACAAGAACUACAUAACGCUGCUGAGAUGGACCACACAGAUGCCGACUGCUUUGUCUGCAUUUUCCUGACUCAUGGGGAAGAAGGGCAAAUUUCUGCCUACGAUGAUAUGAUCAAGAUCGAGGAACUAACUGAUCUCUUCAGAGGAGAUCAGUGCAAAAGUCUUGUAGGGAAGCCCAAGAUCUUCAUCUUCCAGGCAUGUGCUGCUAAGAAGCAUGAGACUCCUGUAACUGGCAUGGCAGGAGGGUUUGCUGCUGAUGAGGAUGAUGAGGAGGUGGAGGAAGCAGCUAACAUCUACACCAUCCCAGCAGGGGCAGAUUUCCUCAUGUGUUACUCUUCAGCAUUGGGAUUUUAUUCCAUUCCCAAUAAGGAAUCAGGAUCAUACUAUAUUCAGGACUUAUGUGAAACACUGCAAAAGCAUGGCUCAACCCUGGAGAUCACUGAGCUCUUGACGAUGGUCAACCUGAAGGUUUCCCAACGUGACAUGUACCCAGAAGGUAGAGAAGAGAAAAAAAAACAGAUGCCCUGUUUCACCUCCAUGCUGACUAAAAAACUCCACUUUUCCAAGAACAAGUAAAAAACCAAUUCCAAGUGCAUUACAUCUACUCACUUACCAAUAAACAAAGAUACUGAUAGGAA